CAUGUAGUCUGAGCUGAGAUGGACAAUAAUAAUGGUACGGUGUAGAUGUUAGAGGAAGGCGACAACCCCUUCCCCGCCCUGCCGGGGCCGACCCAGGCGGAGACGACGACGCCCCGAGUCCUCACCAUCCUCUCCUCCGUCCUGGAGAAGUUGGUGGCUCGUAACGACCGCCUUGCCCUGCUCUGCCUCGACGGCGGCACGGAAAAUAAUACCGACGGGUCGUCUUCUUCGUCGUCGUCGUCAUCAGCAGGUUUCCGGCUAGGGAAAAGUCUGAACGCAUUUCACGGCGUGAGAGCGCCGAGCAUUAGUAUUCCGAAGUACAUCGAGAGGAUUUACAAGUACACAAAUUGCAGCCCGUCCUGCUUCGUGGUAGGCUACGUUUACAUGGACCGAUUGGCUCAUAAGUACCCCAACUCUCUUGUCAUCUCCCUAAAUGUUCAUAGGUUGCUUGUCACGUGCGUCAUGGUGGCUUCCAAGAUUCUGGACGACGAGCACUACAACAAUGCGUUCUUUGCUAGGGUUGGGGGAGUAAGUAACGCAGAGCUAAACAAGCUGGAGAUAGAGCUACUUUUCUUGCUGGAUUUUGGGGUCUCUGUAAGCUCUCAAGUUUUUGAGUGCUAUUGCCAGCACUUGGAGAAGGAAAUAUUGCAGUGCAAUGGCAUUGGCGGCGACGCCACAAUUCUGAAUAUCAUUCAAAGAGGAGUUGAAGCAUAUGCACUUGACGAUGAUACUAAGCACGCUUCUUCGCCCUUGCCGCCGCCUAACUUUGCAGAUUGAUCAACUUGAUUAGAGUUGUCUCUUUUUCUUUAUACUAUCUGAAUCUGUAUGGUUAUUUUGUUAAUCGUUCUCUUUACUACUAAUUUAGUCUCAAGAGUAUUAGUAAAAUGAAAAUUUUGAUCCACAUAUUUAAUUCCUACCAAUUUUCGUGCAUGGCUAUUGUUUUAGUACUAAUUUUUAUCCACACUUAUUGUUUUAGUGUCAACAUGCAUUUAUCACACCGGUCACCCUUCUAUUUAAUACAUGCUGAAAACUAAAACCUUUACGAAUAUUUUCGUCAUUUUUCAACUUAAGAUCCCAAAUUAAACAUGAAUAAAGAAAUUUGAGUACUAAGAUCGAUCCCAAUUCGCACUUCUUCUCCUCAUCCUACCUUAAUUUGAGGAGAAAAACUACGAAUUGAUAUUGAUCUUAUUGCUUAAAUCCAUUUAUCCAUGUUCAAAUUGGGAUCUUAAUUUAAAAAAGACGAAAAUACCUUUAAUAGUUUUAUAUUUCAGCAUGUUUUAAACGAAAGAGUAACCGACGUGAUGAAUUUUGGUACUAAAACAAUAGUUGUGAGUGAAAAUUGGUACUAAAACAAUAGUUGUAGAUGAAAA